AUGUCGUCGGGCUGCCUGCUCCUGGCUGCCGCGAGCCUCCUCGUGGUGGUGUGCCGCGCGGGGGGCGGGGCCGAGACGACGCCCGGGACUAAUCGCCACCGCGACCAGCAACAACAACGGCAAUCGGUCCUGCUCGGGGCCAAUGACGGGGCUGGUGUCGGCAGGACGACGAUUGCGACGAGCACGGUGGGACUGGUGCACAACGCGAGCAGGAGUUGCAAGGUGAGCGAGCACAGGUGCACGAGCACCGGCGCCUGCAUUGCCCAGGACAAGUUUUGCGACGGUGAAAACGAUUGCCAGGAGGAGGGCAAGUUUUGCACUCCCGGAGCCGAGGACGAGUGCGACAAGAGCGACGAGCCCGAGUACUGCACCCCCUGCAACCGCACGCUGUACGGAGAUGUGGGUCGGACGUACGAGCUGCAAAUACGGAGGCCACGCGAGGAGAGGCUGCCCUUCCUGUGUCACCUCAACUUCACCGCGGCUGGCCAGGAAUUCGGGGACCUCGUGCAGUUGACCUUUGACACGUUCACGGUGGGCCGUUUCCAGUCUUACACGUCCGACGGCUGCCCGGACGGCUACAUGAGCAUCAGCGAGGAGGGCCGGCCGCCGACGGGUGGCCAGUGGUGCGGCAGCGCCUGGGGCUACACGGUCUACUACAGCGAGACUCGCUCCAUCAACUUGACCCUCUACCUCUCGUGGCUACCCGGACAGGGCAACAACUACAACUUUGACUUCAAGCUGUCGUACAAGUUCUUGAAGCGCAGCGAGGCCCACCUGAGGUACGGCAACAGCAGCAUGAGCACGUGGCGCGGCGAGCUCGUCAAUGCCACUUACUGCGAUCGCGUUUUCACGAGAUGCGACCAGCGCGCCUGCCGGCUGCAGUCGCCCAACUAUCCGGGCGUGUAUCCGCGCAAUGUCACCUGCUACUACAGGAUAGAGCAGAAGCGCGCGCCCCCGGGACACAGGGCCCUGUUAGCCGUCAGCCAGCGCAACAGCCACAAGAUACACAUCAAGGACCAAGUCAACAAGUACGACACCAGCAGGAGGACGCUCAGAGUUUGGGACCAGUGCAACGUGGUGCAGGACUACCUGACGGUCUACGACGGUGGCUCGACGUCCGACCGCGUCCUCGUCAGGCUCUGCGGUGGCGACGCCGUCCCCGAUGUCGUUGGCAGCCGCGACACCAUGCUCCUCGAGUUCCACACGUCGCCUUACGACAACCCCUUCCAUCCCGUGCCCCUGUCCUUUCUGCCAGGCUUCGAGCUCGAAGUGCAGGUGAUAUUCGUGGACGAGCGUUCGACGGCGAGCUUCGUGAUGAAGAACAACGACAAGUGCGACUUUUACAUCUCGAGCUACGAGAGCAGCUCGGGCAUGCUGGAGAACCCUAAGCACUCGUUGCCGCCGAACACGACCUGCCGCUACCACUUCCAGGGCAAGCCCAACGAGAUCGUCUGGCUGGCGUUCGUCAAGUACUACGCGGCGACCACCGACCCCACGAGCAGUCUCGCGGCAGUGCCCGGCGACGCGGUCCCCGGGACGGAGUGCAACGUCAAGCUGCUCAUCUGGAACGGCGAGCGAAUCGGCGACGAGCGCGGCAGGCACGCCACGGCUUCCUCGAGAAUUUUCAAGGGAGACGCUGCCCAUCCGGGGACCACCGGCUCAUCGGACGCUGCCUCGGGAGUCAGGGAGAACGCGACGCUGAUGGGCGAGUUCUGCAAGGACGAGGUGCCUCGUCUCUGUGACCACAGCCUCCUGCGCAACGGCAGCCGUCACACGCGUCCCUGCAGCAUGGCCGAGAGUUACGUGUCGACGGGACGGCACCUGACCCUCGAGCACGUCCUCCGCCAGGGCAGCGCCCUGUACCCGGUGAGCUUCGUCGUGCGCUACGAGUUUGUGCACGAGGCCAGCUCCUGCAACCGGGUGCUGAGCGCCGGUGGCUCGGCCUCCGAGUUCCAAAGCUUCGGCUCGCCAAGGAGCGUCUUCUUCUACGGGCGGGGCGGCGCGGCCAACUUGAGCUGCGUGUACCGGUUCGAGGUCGGGCCCGACCGGAGACUCGAGCUGGCCAUUACUAGGGCCUCCUUCGGCGGGAGGAGCUGCAAAUCCAGGAUCGAUCCGCUCGUCAACAGGUGGUCUUGCGAGAGGCCCACGGGGAACAACCGGAGAACCGAGGGCACGGCCGAGCUUCGCCUGGCCGAGUACCCGUGGCAGGGCGUCCAGCUGCCCCGGGACUGCCUGUGCUCGAACCUCAGCGAGCGGAUGGUCUUCCAGAGCCUGUCCUCGGCGGUGCUCGAGCUCAGCUUCGUCGUCACGCGGAUGAACGUCACCCAGGACUACCUCGACUUUUUCUUCGAGGGAGAGUAUCGAUUCGUGCCCGUGGCCUCGGCCACCACACCCGCCCUGGCCGUCCCCGGGGAAGCUCUGGGCGCCACAAACCUCGGCCAGCAGCACCACAAUCAGCACCAUAACCAGCAACAGCAGCAGCACACCUCGGCCGGCGCGGUAGCAGCUGCAGCCGCGGCCGCCGCCGGCGCCCAGGCCUGCCACGGCUCGUCCCACUCGCUGUCCGACUCGUCGAGGCUGAGCAGGCUCGAGGAGAGGCGGCUCAGGGGCACCAGUGGCGAGAUCUCGCUGCGCAGCCCACCCCUGACCCCGGCGUCGUCUGGCCCGCUCCGCAACACGGUGUCGGGAUCGUCGUUGUUGGACUCGGAGGGUGUGCUGCGCAACCGGCUGGGUGGAUUGGCGACGGUUGACGAGAGCCUCGGUCCAGUGCUCAUGGGCGCUCCGUCGCAGGAGCCCUCGCAGCAGCAGCGCUCCGGGGGAGCGAGCGCCGCCGAGGUGACGCACUGCGUGAACGAGCCGUGGCUCAUAGAGCCCGAGGACUCGCGGCUGCACUUCCUCUACCUGAAGACCCCGGGCUUUCGGCUGACGAGGCACAACCUCGACGAGUGCCCGACGCGCAACCGCAUAAUCGUCUACCCGGCGGCAAACACGCGGGACCGCACGGUGGUGUGUCCGGCCAAGGGAAACGGCACUGCUCGGCGCAGUGGUGGCCAAAGGAUCGUCGACCUCAUCUCCGGGGGCUGGAAUCGGACGAGCGACGUCGUGGCCGCGGCUGGGGACCGGCCGCCCCAGUCGCACCAGCAACAGCAGCAACACUCGAGGAGCUUCGUCGUCGAGUUCCUGCAGCAGGAGCCGGGUUACUACGUGGUCACCUGGAUGGCCAUAUCCAAGAGGCUACUGGCCGGCCCGGCGGACGACAACUUCUUCGAGGGGGCCCUCGCGCCCUCAAACGUUGAGUGCCCUUACAGAUGCCCAGAGCUGAACGCGUGCAUAAGUUCAGUGCUGUGGUGCGACGGGGUGCACCAUUGUCCCUCCGGGUUCGACGAGCGCGAGGAGAACUGCUCGUACCGAUUCGGCGUGACGCUGCUUUACGUGGCCAUCGGAGCCGGAGCCCUGGGUAUUUUCCUCAUCCUCCUCUUGGCCACCGGCUGCCUCAAGUACUGCCUGUACCGGCGACGCCGACUCCAAAGACGUCACCUGCAGAAGAAGCUACCGCCUCAGGCGGACGAGCAGACGCGCCUGCAGAAGAAGAAGGUCCAAGUACUGAGUGUGAACCACCUCAACAGUCCAACGAACCACUCGAGCGUCAACCGCAACAACGGCAACCUCGACUCGUCCGUUCACCAACAACAACAAAUGAAUCAACAACAGCAGCAGCAGCCGCGCUACGCAAACUCGACAUUUGCCCGUAUCGGCCGCCACGACGGUAACAGCAUGCUCGGAACUUGGCACAGGCAGCAGCAGCUGCACCUGCACCACCAGCAGCCGCCACAAAUCAUUGACGAUCUCGACGACGAGGAGGACGAGUUUGCCGACAAGUACUCCAAGGACAGCAUCUGUUGACAGUACGCCACCACCACCUGUCACACCGACGACGUUAUGGAGACGACCGUUUGAAUACGAGUAUACACAUAUACAUAGAUAGAUAUUUAUAUGCAUGUAUACAUUUUUUGAUGAUUAUAUGAUAUAUAAAUAUUUAUACAUACAUAUACAUAUAUAUAUUUAUGACCUCCUCUCUUUUUGCGCGGUUGUACUAUAUGAUAUGGAUAUAUUAGGUAUACAUUAUAAUAUACAAAUACACGACAUAGGUGCUGUUGAGCGUGAUGAUGAUGAUAAAAGGAUGAUAUAUAUAAUUAUUAUUGAUUGUAUAAUCGUAAAAUCUUGCGAGAGAGAAUUUUGGAUGAAUAUAAAAAAAUAGGUCAUUGAUAUAUAAAAGCAGAUUUAAGUACAUACGUUGACUAUAAGUAUGUCUCGCCAGAAUUCAACGAAUAAGUACUUAACAAUAAAAUAUGUAUCCACUGCCGUCGAAAGAGCUUUAAAUAUGUAUACUUACCUGCAUACUUUUUCUUUUCGGGCUAUGACGUUUCCACCCCGAAGCUCUGU